CGCGCGCGCGCGCGCCACACUAAUGCCAAUCCUCUUCCUCCUCCUCCUUCUGGAGUCCUUCCCUUCGCCUUGUGUAAUUUGCUCGUGUGUGUGUGUGUGUGUGUGUGCGCGUGUGUGUGUGUGUGCGUGUGUGUGUGUGUGUGAAGCAGCCCGAUGACCAGUCCGGAGAUUUCACCUCAUCCCUGAGCGCGCGCAGACAAAAAAAAAAAACAACAAACCAAACCCCCCAAAUACUCCAGUCUACACUCCGCGUGCUGUGAGUCUUCUCCUGCGGAUAAACCGUGCAGCUGUUCGGAUUCAUGCGUUCACUGAUGGCUCAGCAGUGUGAAGACAGGCUCUCAUCUCCGUCCCGCUUUUAGUAGUAAGAGUAUACGUCACGGUAUGGGAUCCUGCUUCCGGCACGGAGAAAAAAAAUUGAGAAGUUGAGUUGAAUUCAAAUCCAGAACAUUCUACAGACUCGACCUCACAGAGACCAGUACGACAAGGGGAUCUCUGACACAUCCUGCUGUUGAACACACACUCUCGCACACCGAGGGGGAAUGAAGACUGCCGAAUCUGAAGACAGGAUGUCUUCCAAGCGACCAGCCUCUCCAUAUGGGGGAACAGAUGGAGAGGUAGUCAUGGCGACGAGCAGACAGCGAUUGGACGAUGACGAGGUUGACGGACAUGCUGUCAUUCACCUGCCCCUGAGCUCGUACUGCAGCUCGCCGCGCGCCCCAGACAGCCCGCCCACACUACACGGCAGCACGGAGCAGGAGAGCAGUAAAGGCCUGGCCCUGAGCCCGUACCCCCAGCACAACUCUUCUACCUCACCCAGUAAACAGCAGCAGCAGGACGACGGCUCGGGUUCGGCCACGGCUCUGGGAACGCCGGAGAGGCGUAAAGGCAGCCUGGCCGACGUGGUGGACACGCUGAAACAGCGCAAGAUGGAGGAGCUGAUCAAGAGCGAGCCUGAGGAGGCCCCCAGCAUUGAGAGGCUUCUAUCCAAGGAUUGGAAGGACAAGCUGCUUGCGAUGGGCUCCGGUCACUUUGGAGAGAUCAAAGGUACCCCAGACAGCCUGGCGGAGAAGGAGAGGCAGCUGAUGGGGAUGAUCAGCCAGCUGAGCAGCCUGAGGGAGCAGCUGUUAGCCGCCCACGAGGAGCAGAAGAAGCUGGCCGCCUCGCAGAUCGAGAAACAGAGACAGCAGAUGGAGCUGGCCAAGCAGCAGCAAGACCAGAUUGCUCGACAACAGCAGCAGCUUCUGCAGCAACAGCACAAAAUCAACCUCCUGCAGCAACAGAUCCAGCAGGUCCAGGGUCAGCUGCCACCUCUGAUGAUACCUGUUUUCCCUCCAGACCAGAGGACUCUGGCAGCAGCCGCAGCCCAGCAAGGAUUCCUCCUGCCCCCAGGCUUCAACUACAAACCCGGCUGCAAUGACCCAUACCCCCUUCAACUCAUCCCAACCACCAUGGCAGCUGCUGCAGCUGCCACACCAGGCCUCGGACCCCUUCAGCUUCAGCAGCUGUAUGCAGCUCAGUUGGCAGCCAUGCAGGUAUCUCCGGGGUCCAAGCACAGCGCCGUGACCCAGUCCAACCUGGCAGCAGGGACACACUCGCCUACCAGUGGCCAAAGCGAGAAGUGCAGGAACAGCCCACCACCCAAGGUCAAGGACGAGGGCGCUCAGCCCCUGAAUCUGUCAUCCAAGCCUAAGACAUCCGAGAGCAAGUCACCCACCUCCCCCGCUUCCCCACAGGUCCCUGCCAUGAAGCUGGGUCCCGGAUCCGUGAAGCACAGUGCCCCCUCAAGCAUCGGAGGACCUCCGCCCCGAGUCAGCUCCAUAGACCUGCUGUCGUCCAUCACUUCCGGAGGCUACCUGAACGACCACGAGGCCGUGAGCAAGGCCUUCCAGGAGGCACGGCAGAUGAAGGAGCAGCUGAAGAGAGAGCAGCAGGUCCUGGACGCCAAGGUGGCAGCGGUUAACAGCCUCACCCUCAACAACGGACGCACGGAGAAGGAGAAAGCAGCUCUUGAAAGCUUGAGUCAGCAGAUGAAGCAGUCCGAGGAGAACAAGUUCACUCACGCCAUGAUGGACUUCGGCAUGAGCGGCGACUCCGACGGCAGCCCCAGCGUAUCAGACUCGAGGAUUUUCCGCGAGGCUCGAGGUCGUGGUAACAGUGAACCGCACAUCAAGAGGCCCAUGAACGCCUUCAUGGUUUGGGCAAAAGACGAGAGGAGGAAAAUCCUGCAGGCUUUUCCCGACAUGCACAACUCCAACAUCAGCAAAAUCCUCGGUUCCCGCUGGAAGGCUAUGUCUAAUCUGGAGAAGCAGCCGUACUACGAGGAGCAGGCGCGUCUCAGCAAGCAGCACCUGGAGAAAUACCCCGACUACAAGUACAAGCCCCGGCCCAAGCGCACCUGCCUGGUGGACGGCAAGAAGCUGCGCAUCGGCGAGUACAAGGCCAUCAUGCGCAACCGCCGGCAGGAGAUGCGUCAGUACUUCACUGUGGGGCAGCAGACCCAGUUGCCGCUCUCCUCAGCGGGCGUGGUCUACCCCGGCGCGCUCUCCAUGGCGGGCAUGCCGUCCCCUCAGAUGCCGUCCGAGCACUCGAGCAUGUCCAGCAGCCCUGAGCCGGCUCCGCCCACUGGCCCGCCCUCAUACCUCAGCAUCAGCAAGGGGGACAAGCCUCGCAUCAAGGAGGAGGUGCUGCGGAUGGACGAGAGCAACGGCGACGCCUACGACGACUUCGACUACGAGGACGACGACGGAGACUUCGGGAGCGACAGCGAAAACCACGUCGCACAGUAAAUUUAAAAAAAAACAAAAAAAAAACAACAAAAAAAAACCUUUUUAUUUUCAGAGCUGAUCCCUCGUCGUUGUUGUUGUUUUGUUGGGUUUUUUGUCCCGCCCUGCCUCUAUCUCCAUCCACCCAAUCAGGACUCGGAAAGAGCCACGCCCGCAUCCCACGACCCACAUGUCCCCUCCCCCACCCUCCCUGAUACCAGCAGCAGCAAAGCACAGGACGUUUCAGAGUAACUGUUACACUAAACGAGAACGUCGGACGUCACGUGAACCUCACGCGCAAACACAUCUCGAGUAAGCUACAGGAAGUAUGAUAUGAUAAGAUAUGAUAUGAUAUGAUAUGACAAGAUAAGGAAACUUUCACACACAAAAGAACUUAUUAUAAAAAAAAAAAACCAGGACCUGUUCGUCGGACCUGCUUGUCUAUAAAGAGACUCUUUUUUUUUUCCUUCUGGGUUCUAUAAUAUUCUCACUCAGGUACACGGUGCCAACAAGUGGCUUGUGAAUGUGAUUUGUUGUUUUUGUGCUUACGGUUUUAAUAGAGAUAAAAGAAGAAAAAAAAAAAAACAUUUAUUUUCCUGGUUUUGACGUUAAAAAAAAAAUAAAACUAAAAAAAAGUACCAGACAGGAGAAGUAACACUUUACCUUCUAUUAUUUUAUUUUGUUUUUUUUUUGUUGUUGUUAUUGUUUUUUUUUUACUUCCUGCUUGUGUUAGGUAUUAAGCCCCUUCACUGAAUCCUGUAUCUCACACACACACACACACACACACACUUUUUGCAUGAACGUUGGACGGGGAUCGAGGGCUGUGUUUCACUCCUGUACACUUUCUUUUUCGGCACUUAUGAAAUCCACUGACCCGUAUAUAUAUAAAUACUGUCUGGAUCAGGUUUUAUUUUAUUACACACACACACACACGCACACACAUUUCAAUCCACAAACAGGCCUAAUGCGAGGCAGCAGGACGGAAACAUAAGCGACGUGUUCCUGUGAGAACGCAAAAACUGCAGAAUUGAGAUCCGGCCUCUCUUGCUCCGUCUCGGCCCCUCGGUUCUGUAUCUAAACAGACUGUUUUCGCCAUUAUGGAGAACGCCGAGCUUCACGGUUCCAAGAGAAACAGAGAUGGAGAACAUGUGAGAGGGAAAAUCUCCAUAGACUAGAGUUUGGCGCUGAACAGAAAGAGAGAGAGAGAGAGAGAGAGAGAGAAUGGAGGGGUUUUAUAGACGCCCACAUUGUGCUUAAGCAAGGAAACCUCCAGAGCACUGAGGAACUCUGUGUGUGUGUGUGUGUGUGUGUGUGUGUGUGUGUGUGUGUGUGUGUGUAUGAGCGAGCGGACGUCUCGCUAACCCCUCAUCGAAACAUCCCUUCCUUUAAUUCUCCUCGUGCCACCCUUUCCCUCAAUAUCACUCUCAUCGCUUUCCCUCCUGUCGCUCCUUAUAGGGACCGUGUUGCCGCGGCAACACUUUGAUCGACAGCUCUCGUGCACACAAACGCCCCAGUCCCGCUCUUCUCGUCAUCCCCGUCGUCGUCCUCCUUCCCCCUUCUCCGUCUGAACGUGUCACGCGUUUCCGAUCGUUCGGACUCUGACCUCACAGUUCCAUGCCCCGCCCCCAUUUUAUUUUCAUUUUUAAAUGCGGUACUAAUGCAGUGAGGUUUCGAGCUCUCGUAUCACGUGGUAUGUUAUGCAUGGGGUUUUUGUUUUGUUUUGGUUUUUUUGUUGUUGUUUUUUUUUUUUUUUCUUCCCCGUCACUCUGCUGUCAAAAUCUUCGCUGUUUGAAGGAGGAGCGCUCUGAGUUUUCACACUCUGCAUGUCGAAUAGUUUUAUUUUGUAUUUGAAUACUGUAUUUUAAUUUUUUUUUUUUUUUUUUUAAUAUUCAGACUGCCUCUAGUGUAAAAAAAAAAUAAUAAUAAUAUUAUUAACAAUAAUUAUAAAGAUGGUCAGCUUGUUUUGGGUUGUUUUUUUUUUUCUAAGUUUAGUAUGUUGUGUACAGUAUAAUUUAUUUUUCACCUCUUCUUGGUUGUUUUUUUUUUUUAAUUAUUAUAAUUUACAUGAUAAAAACUGCUUUAUAAAGCUUAUUAUAUUUAGCUGGUAGGUAUGUAGAUCUAAUUACUCUGUGCUUUUUGAUUUUUUAAAAACAUUUUCAGUUUAUUAAUCCUGUUUCUACGCUGGUGUAUCUCAGAAAUGAUCACAAGGAACUGCUGAAAUGAAGGAUUUUUUUUUUUUUUUUUUUCUCGUCAUUCAUGAACUCCUGAACCCGUUUCUGAAAGCACUAGGACUCUGGAUAUUCAGAGAAAUAAGAAGAAGAAGAAGAAAAAGAAAAAGAAAAAAAAAAACAAGAACAUCAUCACACUUUUUUUUGUUGUUGUUGUUGUUGUUGUUUUUUUUAUUAUUAUUAUUAUUUGUUAUUAUUUCUAAUGAUUUUAUGUACAAUGUGAAAUUUUCUAUCUCUUUUAUUCCUCUUUGUUUUAUCAACGAUUUUAUUCGCCCCCGAUAUCAGUGAACAAGACGUUCAGGAUGUUUGUUGGGAAUUGUAGUCCUGUCGAGACUCGGUGGAAUCUCAUUAGUCCA